GCCUGCUGCGCGCGGGCGGCGGAGGCGGCCCGCCCGACGACUGGGACAGUCGGGCGGCCCUUGCUGCCCAGCGGGCUGCCGAGCGUGCGGCCCAGCUCGCCGCGGCGCGCGCGGCCAACCUCAGCCGGUGCCACGCCGCGCUGGACGAGGUGCAGGGCGUGCUGACCAACUUGUCCGCGGAGCUGGCCGAGCUCCGCGCCCUGCGGGCAGCGCCGCCCGAGCUGCCCGAGGAGCCCGACACGCUCCUGUGGCACGCGCUCGGGGUGGUGCUGACCGCGGCGGCGGAGUUUUUCAAUGAGCUGGUGCCAGGGCGGGUCGUCAGCUUCUACUAUGAGGACGACCCGAGCAUAUGGCACGAACGGUUGCUGCUGUGGCCGUACCCUGGCGCCUUCCCCAACACCUGCUGGAGCUGCCUCACCCCUGACGGCGACGUGUACCCCGAGGAGAUGGCGGCAGGGCCCGAUGGCGACGGGUCGAGCCGCGUCUCCCUCACGAUCGGGGCGACUCCCGCUGCUGUUCGCCCCCCGGGGCGAGUCUACAGAUUUCGUGAAUAUCCUGCCGAGGAAGACAUGAUCGACCUCUUUUGGGACGCUCGCCUGGCCGCUCGCAGCGCCGGCUUGCGCGAGCCCGAGCCGACCGCCUUCAUGCGCGACGGCGGCCGGCCCACCAGGAGCAUGACGGUCAGCUUCAGCGACGUGCCGGGCUUCCUGCGCCGCACGCGGGGCAAGGGCCCGUCCGCGGCCGUCCCGCGCGUCCCACCUCCUGGCUCGCCUGUGGCCCCGCCCCCGCUGGACGCCGUGGGCGCUGAGCCAGGGGCGUUCGCCGACGGCGAGGUCGGGGGCACUCCGACCCCGAGGGGCGGCCCUGGCGCGGUGGUGCUCACUGACGAGCGGGCGGGUGACGUGGUCUGGGGGGAGAGCGGGCUCUACAGCACGACGGGCGGCUUCGUCGUCCCGAUCGAGCUCCACCCUGUCCCGCUGCCUGCCGAGGUGUCGGACAAGCUAGCUGACGACGACGCCCGCCUCCUCGGCCCUCUCCAGCGCACGCGGGAGGGCCGUAGGCACCGCGACUUUCGUGAGGCAGUGUCGUCCAUGAGGCAGGAGCAACAUGACGACUUCCCGCUCGUCGGCGAGCGCAGCUUCAAGUGGCUGUGCGACUACAUCGUCGACCACGGAGGCACACCCGACGGCCGCCACACCAAGUGGAUGAUGGAGAGCGGCUGCACCAAGGACUCGGCGGCCGCGCACAUCCACGAUCUGCUCGGCUUCGCCAUCGAGAUGGCCGUCACCUACGACCAGGUCGACGGCUCCAAUCUUGCCAGCAUGGAGGUGGUCUCACGGGCCUAUCAGCUGAUCGAGGAGACCAUGGGGAGCAUGAAGAUCGAGGGCGUCGAGCACUACAUCGGCCGCCAGAAGCAGAGCGCCCGCCGUGGCGUCGCGAUGGCGCCGGGCGUCGCUAAGUACGCCACCGACCAGCUCGCCAAGGGGGCGGAUAUCCAGAAGCAGAGGCGCAAGGCGCGCGAGGAGAAGUCUGCCCAGUCGGGCAAGAAGGACAAGGGGUGA